AUGGCAUCUGCACAAAUUCCAGCUCUCCUGCGCUUCCUGACCCAGGAUGCCAAGGUCCCGCUAGCUCUUGCGAUAGGCAAGACACCAGAGCUACAGAAAGCUAACCUGACCAGCGCAGAUGAAAUAGCCAAAGCAGAUAUCCAAGUUCUUCAAGACAUAUUCAAGGAUCAAAAAGUCGCCAAGCAAAUACUCAAUGCUGGCAAGCGAGUCUCCAAGAAACGCGGAGCCCCAGCUGACAAUACAGCGGCGUCGCCACAAAAGAAAAAGAAGAAUACAAUCAUAACGAAAGACUCAACUCCAUUUGAUAUUGAAUCAUCACUCAGGCUGCCAACUCCGUCAAGCCCUGAUAACGAACUUCGCGUCAUGAUUAUCGUAACAAACCGAGCACCUUUGGUGCUUGCUUUUGCUGUCUGUGUCCUGAAAUAUACCAUGCCAGAACAGCCUAUAUCGAGCCGACUGAGUCUUGCUCAGGCGCUAGUAAGUGCCAAUAGUCGGUCUAAGGCUGUGAGUCUAGGUAUAGAGAAUGGUCAAUCAGCGGAAGAAGAAGGCUGGGGCGAGGGCCAGCCCGUUGUUAAGGUCCUUGGAAGAGAUAUUCGGGUGUUGAAACGCUGGGACUAUAAUCCUCGUGAAGGGCCGCCCACCACAUCGCCAGCUUCAGGGGAACCAGACUCGAAUACAGCCCCCGCCGACGACUUUCUAGGCAACGGUGAUAUUGACGACGCCGAUAAGAUGCCUCCCCUUUGGGGGGUUGAUCUAGAGGCUGCUAGAAGCUCUCAAAACAAUGCAAGUUCAGAGAAGAAGACCGGCGGCUUGCCAAUAUACACGGCUCAAUCAGCGCGGUCGUACCUUCUGCGGUCCAUAUCAAGUGUACAAACGACCACUACGUCUGCUAAAUCCAAGUCAAAUACGGCCACAGUCCAGGAAAAAGAAGAAUCUGUCGCUUGUCUUCUCUCUGUCAUCGACUCCGUCUGUCGAUCGUGGGCCACAACUUUGAAGAAGGACGAACUGGAUAGGCGCGCGUGGGUGUGGUACCUCAAGGUCCGACCAGAUGUCCAGAGCGGAGUUCAAGGCUGGGGCCAGAAGGGGCAAGUAAAGUUAUCAGACAUCCUUGCUCUGCGAAAUGACUCUUGA